AUGGGGAACCUGUCCAUUCACAUGGUCUCGAAACUACUGGUUCUGUUGUUGUUUCAUCUUGUGGUUGCAAACUUUGUAGACUCUUUGCAGCAGCUAUCUUGCCAUGCCGAGGAGAGCUUAGCCUUGCUGCAGUUUAAGGAGAGCUUUAUUAUUGACAAAUCUGCGUCACGUUCUAAAGUUGGUUAUCCAAAGGUUUCAUCAUGGAAACCAGCUGCAGGAGGAAAUAAUAGUUGCUGCUUGUGGGACGGGGUGGAGUGUGACGAGAUGACAGGUCAUGUUGUUGGCAUUAAUCUCAGCAACAGUUAUCUCUACGGCUCUUUCGACUCCAACAGUAGGCUGUUCAGCCUGGUGCAUCUUAAAAGGUUAAGCCUCUCUGACAAUAACCUUAAUUACUCUCAAAUUCCAUCUAGCAUAAGAAAUUUUCCAAGCCUCACUCAUCUUGACUUCUCUGCCUCUGUCUUUUCUGGUCAAGUCCCAUCUGAAGUCUCACACUUGUCCAAGUUGACAUACCUUGAUCUGUGUUGCAAUAUCGACGAACUUGAUGAUGAUCCUCAGGGAUUGUUGAAACUUCAACCAUCUGAUAUGAGAAGUCUAAUUCAAAAUUUAACUAGUCUAGAAAGUCUUUCUCUUAGUUUCAUUAACAUAUCAUUGAUCAUACUUGUUUCCUUGACAAAUUUAUCAUUUUUGACAUCCCUUACCCUCAAGGAAUGUAAUUUGUUUGGCGAAUUCCCAGUGAGAAUUUUCAAUCUACACAGCUUAAAAGUUCUUAGUGUGAGAUACAACCAAGAUCUCACUGGAUAUUUUACUGAAUUUAAUCAAAGUAGUCUUCUCAUGGUACUGAAAGUUACGUUUACUAGGUUUUUUGGAACAAUUCCUUCUUCAAUUCAAAAGCUUAAUUCAUUGCAAGAGUUGGAUGUGGCUCAAUGCAAUUUUUCAAACUCGUUGGUUCCAUCUGCACUUGGUAAUCUUAGACAGCUCACUUACCUAGACAUUUCAGCAAACAAAUUUGGAGGUCCAAUUCCCGAUUCCUUGGAAAACCUUACCCAAUUGACUAUGUUUAGAGUUAGUACGAGUUCUUUAACUGCUCCAAUUCCAUCUUGGCUAGGUAAACUCUAG